AUGGAGAUUAUCAAUAACACCAAAAGUACUCUACAUCAGACCUUCAGAAUCAAGGACUUGGGGAAACUAAAAUAUUUUUUGGGUUUUGAAAUUUCAAGGACCAAGAAAGGGAUCCAUAUGUGCCAAAGAAAGUAUGCCCUGGACAUACUAAAUGAAACUGGAAUGACUAACAGCAAACCCUGCCAAACCCCCCUCAUGAGUGACACUAAACCUCUUUUUGCCAUCAACAAUACCUCCUACAAUGUUGAUUCCUACAGGCGAUUUAUAGGGAAACUACUCUAUCUCACCAACUCUAGACCUGACAUCAACUACUAUGUCCAUCUUCUUAGUCAAUUUGUGCAAGCACCCACUGCUUACCACCACCAAGCUGCCCAACAUAUCCUGAGAUACAUCAAGGCCGAUCCUGGUCGAGGAUUGUUUUUUCCUAAAGACACUAAUCUACAAAUUAAAGGCUUCAGUGAUUUUGAUUGGGCCACAUGCCCUGAAACGAGACACAGUAUCACUGGUUACUGUGUCUUCCUUGGAGAGUCCCUCAUCUCAUGGAAAUCCAAGAAACAGAGCAUUGUUUCUCGAUCAUCUUCUGAAUCCGAGUACAGGGCUCUCGUAACUACCUCUUGUGAGAUUCAAUGGAUUAGCUAUAUUCUUCAUGACCUCUACAUUCAGCUUGAUCCGCCUCCAGUGCUCUACUGUGAUAAUCAGGCCGCCAGACAUAUUGCUUAG